AUGGCUGGCUCUUACGUGAAGAAGGCGAAUACACCGUCGAAAAGGCCAUCUGCCUCAAAGGCCUCCUCUGCCAAGCGAAAUACGAGCAUAUUAAACUUCUUCCAGAAGACCGACACGCCACAAGGGGCAGUCUCGAGCCAGGCUCGAAUUACUCAAUUUGUGACACCUUCCACGCGCUCGCCCAGCAGCGGACGAGGUACCCCAGCAUUUCGAGGGAAUAAUUAUAAGAAAGAUACUUCUGAAGGACUGUUUUUGGAAGAUAGAAAAGGGCUGGCAAAGAUUGAGCAAGCGGCACUGGAUAAGACGAACGGAGUACGAUCACCUUCGCCUGACAUUUGGGGUGGGGAUGAGGAGUUCCUGAAGGACGAUGAUCAGUUUUUCAAUGGCGAUUCAGGUGCCAAGCGUCGCAAAGUCGAUUCACGAAACGCUGAAAGUGUACACCUGCCAACCGCGGACUCGAACACCGUGAACGCCCCGCCACCGAGCAAGAUCCAAAACCGAAGUGGGCCAUUCAUCGAUGAGUCAGAUAGCGAAGAUGAUAUGGAAGUAUACCGAGAUAUACAAGAGACAACUCCUGUCACACAUGAAAACCCUGCCACAGAUGUAAGAAAAAGGGAGGCAUUGCCAAUGGAUCAACCGAAAACACCAACGGCACCACAAUCCCACCCUUCACCUCCGCCAUCGGUAAGAGCAGCCACGAAUAAUGCCGAUAAUGAUGAAGACCGAAAUUUUGACGAUAUAGAAGACGACGACCUUAUAGGCGUCUUUGGGGAAGAGUCUAGAGAACGACCAUGGGAGACUGAAGAGCAAGAGCAACAAAGCGGGUUUUAUGCGGACGCGAUAGAUUCGAACGAAUAUUUGGGGCCAGAACAGACCGAGGAUGGGGUGAGAAUGUGCCCUAUAUGUCAGACGGCGCUCAGUGGCCUGAAUCAAAUGGAUAUCACAGUGCAUGUCAACGACUGCCUUGACGGUAAACCAGCCUCUGUCACUACGAGUCCUACUCCCCAGUCGAUUCCUAACCCGCCUUUGAACCCGGUGGACACCGAUAAAGGCCUGACGCGUACUGAACGAGCCGCCAUAGCUCGACCCCCACAACCUGAUCCAUACUCACAGAACAAGCCGAAUGGAGGGUCCGUGUUCUCCAAGAUGAUGGCAGGAAACGCAGAAGACACGGCCUGGGUAGCCGCAGCCGCUAGCGAGGUGUCAUCUCGUGGCAAACAAGCUUACCAGCGGACUUGCCCCUUUUACAAAAUCAUGCCUGGAUUCUCAAUAUGUGUAGACGCAUUUCGCUACGGAGCCGUUGAAGGAUGCAAUGCCUAUUUUCUUAGCCACUUCCACAGUGAUCACUAUAUCGGACUAGGCAAGAAUUGGUGCCACGGACCUAUCUUUUGCAGUAAACCUACUGCCAAUCUUGUCCGCCAACAGCUUCGCGUCGACCCCAAGUGGAUAGUUGAUCUGGACUUUGAAAUCACAUCCGAGGUGCCGAACACGGGAGGUGCUAAUGUCACCAUGCUCCAUGCAAACCAUUGUCCUGGCAGCUCUCUGUUUUUAUUUGAGAAGACUUUUGACACCGGACCCAAUUCCCGUCAGCAGCGAAUACUGCAUUGUGGUGAUUUUCGGGCAUCUCCACUCCAGGUGCAGCACCCACUCUUGCGUCCGGAUGUCAUCAAUCCAGUGACUGGAAAGCCGCGACAGCAACGGAUCGACCUAUGUUACCUCGACACGACUUACUUGAGCCCUAAAUAUGCAUUCCCAGACCAGCAAGAUGUGAUCACGGCUUGCGAAGAGCUUUGCGUUCGUUUAGACGAAGAGGCUGGAGUUGGACUUGAUUCAACGAAAAGUCCAGGGGGAUUGAUGAGCAAAUUUCUUUCGACUAUUCCAGGAAGCAAACCGCGAGAUCAAGCAACCAAGGUCGGCGGUCGACUAUUGGUAGUAAUUGGCACCUAUAGCAUCGGUAAAGAGCGAAUUUGCAUGGGCAUUGCAAAGGCCCUUGGUUCCAAGAUCUUCGCAACCCCGCCAAAGCGACGGAUCUGCGCCUGUCUGGAAGACCCAGAACUCUCCGAGUUGCUGACCGACAAUCCUCACGAAGCGCAAGUGCACAUGCAGACCCUUUUCGAAAUUCGUGCCGACACUUUGGCAGACUACCUUGACACACUUAAACCACACUUCUCCCGAGUCGUUGGCUUCCGCCCAACGGGCUGGACUUACCGCUCGCCGGCCGGACGAACGUUACAGAACCCCCCAGUGCCCACCGUUCUACAUGGUGAAGAGUGGAAGACCUCAUUCACCAGCCAAAGUCUUACUCCACAACGCGGAAGUACGCGGGAGAGCGCUUGUUACGGUGUUCCCUACAGCGAACACAGUUCGUUCCGCGAGCUGACCAUGUUUUGCUGCUCUCUACGUAUCGGCCGCGUUAUUCCCACAGUCAAUGUGGGCAACCAAAAAGCCCGGGAAGUCAUGAAAGCUUGGAUAGAGCGGUGGGAGGUGGAGAAAAAGAAGAACGGUCUAUUUCAAGUAGAAGGAGAUCGGUGGUGA